GAUUGGAUUACAUCCGUGUUCUGUGCUUGUGAAUUCGGGCCUAGGGGUGUUUUUGAAUUUGCUUGCCUUUGUCUUUCUGAAAACCCGAGGUCGGCCGCCAGGUCUGGGAGACUUGAAGGAGACUGUUCCUCCUUGUUUUCGGGCUCUGCCUGUAGGAACUUUGGAGAAAGCGUGGAUUGAAGGGAAGGGCGUGCGUCUGGACUGUCUUUGGGUCGCGCCUGGAAUCCUUUCGUCACAUGGGGGCCACAGUCUUGUUUAAUACAAGUGCGAACCGAUGCGAUUAAAGGGAGAAAGGCCUUUCCCCUAUGCACACACGCAGGAGCCUAAAGACCUUUUAGAAGUAUUUAAACACUUGAAUGUUCUGCAGAGGAGGGCUUAAUUAUUGAAGCUUGGGAACUAGAAAUAUUAAGGGACUUCGUGUCUUUUGGCCAUUGACCGACACCAGCAGCGUGGGAUCCGUGAUUGUCUCUCGCCACCCUGGGGCAUCGUCAUGUAUUUGCGUUCUUGGUUAAGUCGACUGUGCAGGGGGUUAUCCAGCCCCGUCGGAAGGACCACACCGCCAGGCUGGGGUUCUCUCUCCAGAAAUGUGGUGCUGAGUUCACACAGAAGAAUUCCAGAACUCAGUAGCUUUGUCGUCAGGACCAACACAUGUGGAGAGCUGUGUUCUUCUCACUUAGGCCAAGAAGUCACCUUGUGUGGAUGGAUUCAGUACCGAAGGCAAAACAUCUUCCUAGUCCUAAGAGAUUUCCAUGGUCUUGUUCAAGUUGUCAUUCCCCAGGAUGAGUCAUCUGCUUCUGUGAAGAAGAUUUUAUGUGAAGCCCCUUUGGAAUCCGUGGUGAAAGUGUCUGGAAUAGUCAUUUCCCGACCUCCAGGACAAGAGAAUCCAAAAAUGCCAACAGGUGAGAUUGAGAUCAAAGUUAAAACAGCUGAACUUCUGAAUGCCUGCAAGAAGCUGCCCUUUGAAAUUAAAGACUUUGUGAAGAAAACAGAGGCUCUUCGUUUGCAGUAUCGCUACUUAGAUUUGCGCAGUUUCCAAAUGCAGUACAACCUGCGACUGAGGUCUGAGAUGGUCAUGAAAAUUCGGGAAUAUCUUUGUAAUCUGCAUGGGUUUGUAGAUGUAGAAACCCCAACAUUGUUUAAGAGAACUCCAGGGGGUGCCAAAGAGUUUUUAGUACCAUCCCGGGAACCUGGAAAGUUCUAUUCUCUCCCUCAGAGUCCUCAACAGUUUAAGCAGCUUCUGAUGGUUGGUGGUUUAGACAGAUAUUUUCAAGUUGCCCGAUGUUACCGAGAUGAAGGUUCAAGACCAGAUAGACAGCCCGAGUUUACUCAGAUUGACAUAGAGAUGUCUUUUGUAGACCAGACUGGCAUCCAGAGUUUAAUUGAGGGUUUGCUCCAGUAUUCCUGGCCCAAAGAUAAAGAACCUAUCAUGAUUCCUUUUCCUUCCAUGACUUUUGCUGAGGCAUUGACCACCUAUGGAACUGAUAAACCAGACACUCGCUUUGGGAUGAAGAUUGUAGAUAUCAGUGAUGUGUUCAGAAAGACAGAAAUCAGAUUUCUUCAAGAUGCACUUAGCAAACCACAAGGAACUGUCAAAGCCAUAUGUGUCCAUGAAGGAGCAAAGUACUUAAAAAGGAAAGAUAUUGAAUCCAUUAGACAAUUUGCAACUGAUCAUUUUAAUCAGGAAGUUUUGCCUAUAUUCCUGAAAGCCAACAGAAACUGGAAUUCAACAGUUGCCAAAUUCAUAAUGGAGGAGCAAAGAUUGGAAUUAGCCAGACUGAUGGAGACCCAAGAGGAAGAUGUGGUCCUGCUAACUGCUGGAGAGCACAAGAAAGCAUGCUCUUUGUUGGGGAAAUUACGACUGGAAUGUGCCAAUCUUUUGGAAAUGAGAGGAGUGGUGCUCCGUGAUCCAAAGCUAUUCUCUUUCCUUUGGGUGGUAAACUUCCCACUCUUCCUUCCCAAGGAGGAAAAUCCCACAGAGCUGGAGUCAGCCCACCACCCAUUUACAGCUCCUCAUCCCAGUGACAUUCACCUCCUAUACACUGAGCCUAAAAAGGUUCGUAGCCAACAUUAUGACUUGGUUUUAAAUGGCAGUGAGAUAGGAGGUGGUUCUAUCCGAAUUCAUGAUGCAGAGCUACAGCGUUACAUCCUGGCAACAUUAUUAAAGGAAGAUGUAAAAUUGCUCUCCCAUCUGCUUCAGGCUCUAGAUUAUGGGGCACCCCCUCAUGGAGGAAUUGCCUUAGGGUUAGACAGGCUGAUGUGCCUUGUCGCUGGAGCUCCAAGCAUCAGAGAUGUCAUAGCCUUCCCAAAAUCAUUUCGGGGACAUGACCUCAUGAGCAAUGCCCCAGAUUCUGUCCCUCCGGAGGAACUGAAGCCCUAUCAUAUCCAGGUCUCCUGGCCAACAGACUCAGAAGCAGAAAAGAGCUCAUUGAAUCAGUCACACCACUUGGAAAAUUAAGAUUUUGAUUUUGUCUUCAUUGCUUUGCUAAGGCUAAAAUCAGAUCCAGAUUUGCCACAGAUACAACAAUUGUUUAGGUGGAAGUAAUCAAGGCAACAUUUUUUGCCA